AUGACCAGCGGUCUGAUGCGGCGCUUCUUCUCGACGUUUGCCCGCACGCAACUUGAAGCCACGACGACUGCGACUUCACUUACGGCGCCCCGAAUACUAGGGCUCAGGCAAUACAAGAGGACUCUUAGCGAUGUCGGUUCGAGACGAGCGUCGGUGUCGAGGCAUUGGUUCACGAGCUCGUCGCCAUACUCGAAUGCAGAGCCCGAUGAGUGCGAGAAGAAGCGCAUGAGCGAGCGCGACCUGAAGUUGGGAAACACCAUUAGGGUCCUACAUGAUCGCCUACCGACGCUCUUGAUAUCACCACUUCCCCAGGACAUUCUUUCCCCGCAUAUCAGCCUCCACCUAUUUCCCUCGACGCACCCACACCUGCCUACUGUAAGCGGGAGGUUCUCGUAUGCCGCAGCACUAUGGACAGCGCCGGUCGCAUGGGGCCAGGUUCCGGUACUAGGCAACGUUAAGCUCAAGAUAUUGUCUGAGCGCAUGGUGAAGAAUGGAGGGUGCUCGACAGCAAGCAAUGUGCGCAACGAGAAACUCAUUGUCAAAUGGCAGACAUGCGGCAAGUCGGACAAGAAAGAGAGCGGGCAGGUUAGCGAUGUUGUGGAGAAAAUCACCAGCAUUGUUGCUGGAUCCAAGCGGCCACAACAGGAAUUCACAGGCUUGUUCAAAUUUGAGUUUGACGAGGAGGGACGGAUUCUGAACCACAUCAUUGAGCAUACAGAUGAGGGCCAACAUUGGGAUCGGACUGCCAAGAUGAUUAGCGUCACGGAUUGGCUUCUGGGACGGGCGUGGGGGAUGCGAGAUGAAGGCAGUCCUAGCCUGGCGUUUGCCAAAUGCAGCAGGGGAAAGGAUGGCCGUGGUCAGAGCGAGCGGCGAUGA